CCCAAGCCCCCGCCUCGGCCAUUAGCGACGGUCUGCGCGGGCCAUGUGGGGAGCUGGGGUCACAGCCGAGGGCCUGCCGCUGCUGCUGCUGCUGGCGCUGGUGGCGCCCUCGCGGGGCGGCGGGGGCUGCGCGGAGCUGGCGUGCGGGGAGCGGGAGCGCUGUUGCGACGCGGCCAACGCCACGGCCGCGCGCUGCUGCAAGCUGCCGCUGCACGCCUUCCUCGACAACGUGGGCUGGUUCGUCCGCAAGCUCUCCGGGCUGCUCAUCCUGCUGGUGCUCUUCGCCAUCGGCUACUUCCUGCAGCGCAUCAUCUGCCCCAGCCCGCGCCGGUACCCGCGCGGGCAGGCGCGGCCGGGGCCGCCGGGGGCCGCGGGGCCGCGCGACGACGACGACGACUCGCCCGCGCUCCUGCGCGACGAGGCGGCCGCCGGCUCUCAGGACUCGCUGCUGGACAGUGGCGGCGGGGGCCUGGGCCGGGGCGACGGCGGGCGCUCAGCCCCCUCCUGCGCCUCGGAGCACGAGCUGCGCGUAGUCCCGCCGGUCCUCCUGCAGCUGCCCAGCUACGAGGAGGUCAAGACCCUGCCGACCUACGAGGAGUCCAUGCGGCUGCAGCAGCCAAGCCCCGGGGAGGUCGUGCUGCCCGCGUCAGCGCUCGGCCGCCCGCAAGGCGGCGGCGCCGGGGAGUCCGACGGCGGCGAGGGCUGCUUCCCGCUCAUCUGAGCGCCCGGGGACCCUCGAGGACACGCCGACAGAACGGGCUGGGGCUGCGGGGGGA